GCGCUGUUCGCGCCGCCGGGCUUCCCCAGCAGCCCGUCCCGGCCGCUGCACGGUACCUCAGCCCCAGUGAGCCGCCCGGUAUCCCUCCGCCGUUACCGGGGCGACAGCCCCGGCUUCUGCUCUCAGCACCAGCGCUCAGGGUAUAUAAUCCCAGUGGCGCCCCGCCCCCGGCGGUUGGGGUCAUAACCCUGGUGCCCAGAAUCCCUCAGCUGAGCAGGACGUAUCCCAGCAGCCUCCUGCCCCGUAUCCAUCCGCAGGGCUGAUGCGCCCACGGGUCUAACACCCCAGCGCCUUAAGAAGCAGGUUACAUAUUCCUCCACCACAUGGGCUAAAUAGUCCCCCAUAGGCGCUGGGACUAGGUGCGGCUUGACGUGGUUUCCAUCGUAUCCACGGUGGCAGCCAUGUCGGACUCCGGGCACAGCCAGCCCGGCCUGUACGGCCCCGACCGCCGGCGCCGCUGGAACCGUGACAAGGAGCUGGGUCCCCCGGGCGGCCCCCAGAGCCUGUCGGGGCCAGGCCGGGACCGUGACUACGGCCCCUGGGACCGCGAGCGCCGGGAGCCCGUGGAGGAGCCGGUCGGGUCCGUGAUGCAGAAGACGCCCAUCAUCCUGGCCAAGCCGCCUGCUGAGAGGUCCAAGCUGGCCCCUGCCCCAGCUCCGGCCCCACCCGCCACUGCCCCGUCCCCCAUGGAGAAGCCCAUCGUGCUGAUGAAGUCGCGGGAGGAAGGCAAAGGCCCCGCGGAGGGGGCUGCCCAGCUCCCCACAGCUGCCGCCAAGGGGGAGAAGGAGGGACAGCGCCCCACGCAACCCGUCUACCAGAUCCAGAACCGGGGCAUGGGAUCCGCUGCCUCCAGCAGCACCAUGGACCCCGUGGUGGGCCAGGCAAAGCUGCUGGCCCCGGAGAAGAUGAAGCACAGCAUCAAACUGGUGGACGAUCAGAUGAACUGGUGUGACAGCGCCAUCGAGUACCUGCUGGACCAGACCGACGUGCUGGUGGUCGGGGUGCUGGGAUUACAGGGCACCGGCAAAUCCAUGCUGAUGUCUCUGCUGUCGGCUAACCAGCCUGAAGAAGAUCAAAGGGCCUACGUGUUCCGCACCCAAAGCCAGGAGAUCAAGGAGCGCGGGGGGAACCAGACCAGCGGCAUCGACUUCUUCAUCACCCAGGAGCGCAUCAUCUUCCUCGACACCCAGCCGAUUCUCAGCCCUUCCAUCCUGGACCAUCUCAUCAACAACGACCGCAAGCUGCCCCCCGAGUACAACCUGCCCCACACCUACGUGGAGAUGCAGGUAGACUACUGCCCCCCACCUCCCAUCCGGCCCCAGGGCGGGCCCUGGUUGGCUCACUGGGACAAGGAAUGGGGCCUUGCGCCUCUAGGGGGCGCUGACUCCAAUCCGGCCCCAGGGUUCCUGCAGACGGCCGAGAUGGUGAAACCCUCCACGCCCUCCCCCAGCCACGAGUCCACCGGCUCCUCGGGUGCCGACGAGGGCACGGAGUAUUAUCCCCACGUCGUUUUCCUGCAGAACAAGGCCAAGCGGGAGAAUUUCUGUCCCCGGAACCUGAAGCAGAUGCACAUGGUUAUCGAUAAAAUCAUGAUGCACUCGCACCUGAAAUACAAGGGCACUCUCUCCAUGCUGGAGUGUAACAUCUUCCCUGGCCUGCCCUACGACUACCUGGACACGGAGGUGAAUCUCUUCCUGCUGCCGUUCGCGGACAGUGACGCCGACGACACUUUCCCCAGAGCAGCUCCUGGGGGUGGCCCCCUCUUCUCCCUGCUGCCCGGGUACAAGGGGCACCCCAGCUUCCAGUCGCUCAUGGCCAAGCUGCGCAGCCAAAUCAUGUCUAUGGCACGGCCCCAGCUCUCCCACACCAUCCUGACGGAGAAGAACUGGUUCCACUACGCGGCCCGGAUCUGGGACGGGGUGAAGAAAUCCUCAGCACUCUCGGAGUACAGCCGCCUGCUGGCCUGAGCGACUGCCGCCCACGGAGCCGCCGCGCUGGGGGGCCGCACCGGGGCCCCCACCCUCUGCCUCCUGGGGCACAAGUGGUCUGCUGGGCAGCCCGGGAAGUGCUGUUUGGUCGCUGGCUCCAGGCGGGGUGCGGGAGAGCCCGGGCAGGAUGCCCCUCCUGGGUCACCAUCCCACUCCCAGAGGGCACCCGGGGCAGAGCCGCUCUGACCCCCC